AUGCUGACCCUGUUGGUAUCCGAAGCACCUCAGGAAAUCGUGUCGUCGAUUUUGGCGUUUGCGGGACCUCAUAGUGCGCUGGUAACAAUGGCCAGGGUCAACAAGGCGUGGAGACGAGCCGCACAUCACGAAGCCACUUAUCGAGCUCUUUGCCUCGCUCUGAACAAACACAGAGUCCUCCAUCCUUAUGAUCAGCCUCAUCCACAUCCACAUCCACAUCAAGGCACUUGUUGGCGCUCACUCUUUCAAGAGCACAUCCUCGUCCCCGACGACUGCUCCACGCUGACGCAAGCAAUGAGACUCGCCAGUCACUUAUUCAAUCGCGAAAUGGGAAUCAAGCGAAACCGUAAACCAAUCACAGUUUGGAUCCGACCUGGGACUCACAGCGUCAAUCAACCCGUGCUCGUUGCCUUGCCUGAACAAGCUUGCCUUAGAAUCAAGACACUGCCACCUUUCACCAAUGCUCAUGGUGUAGGUCCACAUCUGCAAGACCCAAUGGAAGUAGACCCAUCCCAGCCACAAGCUGUGCUCAUCAUGGACACCAGACUGUGCAAUAGCCACUCAUUCACCUUCAACAAGGGCAGCAUCACCUUGCAGCACUAUUCACGUGUUCAAGUAUCUCUGCUACUGAAGCAAAAGAAUCAAAAUGCUGCCAUCUUCAUACAGCAAAAAAUUGCACCAACUCCAUCAGCUCCUCCGCCACAUUGCCUUCUAGACAAUGUAUCCAUCACCUCUAUAUCCGGAAAGGGAAUCAUCAAUCGUUCCCAAGGAGGGCAAGUGACAAUCAGCGAUUCAUAUGUUGCUAGACUCUGGUGA